AUGCGAGUAACCUACUUUACCGUCUCGCUCACGUUUCCCUUCUUCUUCGCACCAGACAUCUCACCAGAUACCAGACGUUACCACAUAUCACAUAUCACAUCCAACAUCCAACAUCCAACAUCCCUCACUACCAACUCCCACUACCAACUCUCACUAUCAACACCAGCCACCACGAUGGGCGACCACACCGAGCAAACCGGGUCUCGCGCCCCAGGAGCCAACAUGCAGGCUUCUCCCACGCUGAAAGAGCCGUCGUGGGAUUUCUCGGCUCUUGAUGCUCGGGACGCUGCGCCUGCACCCUCCGACACUGUUGCGCUCACUGAUGCGACGCCACUUCCGCCGACCGAUGCUGCUGCGCUCGUUGACACCUCGGGUCUUGUUAUUGGUCCCGAGGGCGAUGUUGGUUCGGGCUCGCUAGACGGCGAGAAAAAUGUUGCCGAGGGCAAAUUGGACAAGGGGAAGGGACGCGCGCUCUUGCCGCCAGCCGACUUGGGGCAGCCCGCCUUGUCUCUGCCUCGCCCUCAGGCCGAAGGUGUGGCGAGUGCAGGACCACCUACCGAUAAGCUCCCGGGACCUAGUAAAUGGUCCGCCAAGUCGAUCAGAUGGAAAGGGCACGCACACAAGCCGAAUGGGCCAGCUGGUGUGGGGCAGCAUGCCUCCUCUGUACCGUCGCAAGCUGCAGGUGGCUCGUCUCGACCGCCUGGUAUACUCUUGACAACAUCUUCCAAUACAACGCAAGAUGCAGGUGGCUCGUCUCAACCACCCGGUAUACUGUUAACGACGUCUUCCAACACAACGCACGUCCCUUAUUCCGUCAUUGAAGGCGACGACGACUAUCCUCAUGUUUCCGGUCCACGGUCUAUUUACACCCGAGGAAACCCACCGUACGAGCGACAGGUUCAUCUACCUCGACCCCAGGAUAUGCACCACCACCGUUACGUCACGAAGUAUGCGGGAGAACCGCUCUUCCGCCUCUGCAGCUCGGUGCCGUACGUCCUUGGACCUCUCAGCCUCGUCAUGCGGCUGCAGCUCAUCGUUGAGACGCCAAUCCUUCUGCCAGAUGAGGCACAGGCUUUGCUAGCCGCCAGGGGGCUCGACGAGCCCAACCCCUUCCGAAAGUCUCAAUGGCUCACUCAAGGGCUCGCGACACAGUGUACAGAAGAAAAGAAGUACACAGACCAGCGAUUGGAGUUGUACUUCCUCAGGCGCCACGCGGUAGUGCAGCGACGUUACUGCAACGUGCUCGAAUUCAUCGUACACAUGCGGCGAUGGCGCCAACUGCCAAACCCUGCCAAAGUCCUCGAUUAUGCCGGAGGUAACUUGUCGUGGAUACACAUAGUAGACCGCUUAAAGCGAGCCAACAUCGAGGCUGAGAAGCUCGAUGGUGGAUUGUACGAGGAGCUGAGGGACUGCGAGACCUACGAAGCCCUGACGGCCAAGAUCCGCGAAAUCAAACAGCUGCAAACGGACGGAGUACUCGAGCGACGUUACAAGGAAUGGCAGGACCAGGGCGACGCGAUAGUCGACAGCCAGCUGAAGGACGAGACGAACCGCAAGACUCUCGUGAGCCUCAACAACAAACGCUUCUCGCACCGCCAUCCCUUGGGCGUCGACGUGAACGACCCCGAAGCCUCGAUGCUCGAUCUGACCGCCCACGGUACCGCGACGCAGCAGAUGCAGCUUGCAGCGUGCGCGACGCCGCGCAGCAAGUGGAAGUGGACAUGCGGCGCGUGCACAGCGCUGAAACAGGCACUCGUGUAUCCUGCCUGGCGCUACAUCAUCUUCACGUCGGUGGUGUUUAUCCCGCUCUUGACGGUGCUUGUGUAUCUCUGGAUCAAAGGGCCCAGCAAGGGGUGUGGCGAGAUGUGUCUGGAUCACUGA